AAAUUGGUAUAUUGAAUCUUAGAAAGAUUUCUUUGCAGUAUUCAAAUCCUUGCAUUUAAUUCGAGGUUUUUUUAAUUUGAAUUAAAUUUAAAGGUUGUUUGUUGUGACUAACAGGUCCUCAGUUCAGCCCAUUUUAAAAUGGAGUCUUUACUCUUUUUGAAGUUGUUAAUCUUGCUGUCUACCAGAGGAUUGUUAACACUAGAGCCAUUAUCUGGAAAAUCAGGAGCAGAUCAGGUUCGUGAAGCCGUGCAUCAAGCUGAAGAAGCAGCAAGAAAAGCUGCUGAAGAUUCUGCAAAACAUGGCGAUAACAGUGCUGAACUGAGAGUUGCUGCAAUAAGAGAAAAACUUGCAUCACAAAGAGAAGCAAAACAACGUUUACAUGCAAAACAAAACUUAAAUGUAACUCAAAGCUCAUUAAGAAAAUGGGAACACCCAAUGAGGAAAUUACAAAACAACACAAAACAAUUUGCAAAUGCUAAACACCACAUUAAGAUAUCACCAAUGUCUCAUCGUCAGAUGACAAAUCCUGCUCAUCGAAAUUCAUACUCACAUAUGAUCAACUUGAAUGAUCUGACAAAUGGCAUAACACAAAAUACAUAUAAAGAAGAUACUGCCUUGGAGGAUAGACUGGCCUUAGAGGCUGAAGAAGAGAAAAAAAUUGGAUCACAGUAUGACGAUGAUCACGAUUACUCAAUUUCUAGAUCUCUCUCAAAUGGCGAUGCUGCUCAGAGUAUUCAAAAUCAAGUAGCACAGGAAAGUGCCAGAGAGUUGAAAGAAAUUCAAGCACAAAUCAACGCUGAAUCACAAAAUUCCCUGGGCAAAACCACCAUGGGUGAUACUUUUCCCAUGUUUCAACAUUCACCUUCAGGGUCUAGACAAAGACAGCAGAACGCUCAGGCGCAAAAUGGGUUUUUGAAUCUACAAACAGAUUAUAGCCAGGCUUCAAUGAAUGCCGAAGGAAUGAACAACGAACCAUCGACAUUUAACGCGGAAGAGGGAAAUGCAAUAAGUCCAAAAUUGCUUUCUGAAAUCGAUGCAAUGGGACAAACACAAGAAAAUUUGGGAUCAAACCCAAUAGCAACAUUUUCUAUGCCUAAUCUUGGUCAAACUGAACAAAUGAGUGAUGGUGUGGCUACUAUGGAAGGACCCCAAGCAGACAUGAUCCAACCUGGCACGUCAACUUCAGCAACUGGGGCAGAUCAAAGAUCUGUAAUGUCUAAUAAUUUAGAGGGUCUUGGAAGGCCAGCUGGCUAUAUUAUGCAAGGUGGAUACCUUGGGAUGAAUAGUGAUAAUGGUGGAUUAAGGAUGAAACAAAAUGUAUAUGGGGGAGGAAGGAUGAAAAAGUCGGAAAUUGAGAUAAUAAAGGAACCAUUUUGAAGAUUGGGACACCACUUUAAUAUUGAAAUACUUGAUCAAUAUGCGACAUGUACAUAUAGUGAGUGAGUGUAAAUUCCAUCCUGAAUGGAAUAUUUAAUUGCAUUAUAAAGGAUUAAAAUAAUCUUUGAGAUGUGAUUAGUGAUUUUGAAGAUCACGACAACAAAAAAAGUAAACGUCAGUUCCCUGAAAGCCAAUAUUACAAAGAAAUAGAAAUUAUGCUUUCUACGUUUUUAACAUUUUAUGUUAGUUUUUGAAAGCGGAAGGUAUAUUUCUAAAUUGCUCGUUGCGAGUGAAAGAUAUAUACUCGUCUUCAUUGCAAAUAAGCAUGUCUUCUGACUAUUACAAAACUUUUGUAGAUUUCGGUAAGUGUUCUUUUACAUAUUUCCAGCAAGAUGUUUCGUCGGGCCAUUUUUGUAUGCUUUGUCACGGCGUCGCAAUAAUUUGAUGUUACAAUCAUCCUAUCCGCGGUAGACAUUGGCUACUUUAGUUGCACACUGUACAUUAGUAUUAGAAAGUUGAACAUUUUCUUUUAAGCUAUUAUUUAUAAUCUACUUAAUAUGUAUAAGUUUUUUGCUAUUCGCGUAAUUUAUUAUUUCUCUGACUAUUAUUAAUAUAAUAAUGUUGUUCAGACGUCAACAUUUUGUUACGUCCAGAAUUAAAUUGAAUUAAAUCUAUUAGAGUGAAUACGCUAAAAA